CGCGGCGCACCUGAUCAUCGAGAUGUGAAUCUCUCUCACCAUGGGAAGAAGAAACCGCGACCUCGACGACGACGCUGGUAGUCUCCACAGUUAAAACCUCACUGUUCACAAACCCCUUCUUCGUUUAGUCCCUCAGAUUUACAGUCCCUAUAAAUUGUCGAACCGAAUCUCUCCCUAUUCUCUCCAAAUCAGCGCAUGGUUUCAGUGGAUCGAUCAUGGCGAAUUUCUUGGCUCAGUUCCAGAGCAUAAAGAACUCGAGCGAUCACCUCGUCGUUGCUGUUGAAGAUGUCAGCGACUUGUGGCCCACUGUAAAGACGGGGUUUGAGGAGCGUUUGCCAUUCACAAGAGCUUGUUUGAAUAACAAGACACGCAAUCCUGUUUUUGUGGAGAAACUGCCCUUGGAGUUUAUAUUGACAACAGAUUCAAGACUUCGUAGUCGGUUUCCUCAGGAGCAAUCAUUAUUUUGGUUCCGAGAACCAUAUGCAACUGUUGUUCUUGUUACUUGUGAGGAUCUUGAUGAGUUCAAGACAAUCCUUAAACCGCGCUUGAAGCUCAUUGUUCAGAAUGACGAACGGGAGUGGUUUAUUGUGUUUGUGACUAAGGCUCCACCCCACAAUGAUCAGGCUGUCAAGCUUGCAAAGAAAGUAUAUGCUAAACUCGAGGUUGAAUUCAGCUCAAAGAAGAGGGAAAGGUGCUGCAAGCUAGAUAUACACGGACCUGAAGUAAAUUUCUGGGAAGACUUGGAAUCCAAAAUCAUGGAGUGCAUCAGGAACACACUUGAUAGGCGCAUUCAGUUUUACGAGGAUGAGAUUCGCAAGCUCAGUGAACAACGCUUUAUGCCAGUUUGGAAUUUUUGCAACUUUUUCAUCCUGAAGGAAAGCUUGGCUUUUAUGUUUGAGAUGGCUCAUCUCCAUGAAGAUGCAUUACGAGAAUACGACGAACUGGAGCUCUGCUAUUUGGAAACAGUUAACAUGACAGGGAAACAGCGGGAGUUUGGUGGAAUGGACAAAGGAGAUGAUCAAGCUGCACUGCUAAAACCGGGAAACAAGCCAUUAACACAGAUUGUUCAAGAUGAUUCAUUCAGAGAAUUUGAAUUCCGACAGUAUCUCUUUGCCUGCCAAGCAAAGCUAUUAUGCAAGCUCAAUCGUCCAUUUGAGGUGUCAUCGCGUGGUUAUCCCUUUAUAAUCAGCUUUUCAAAGGCAUUGGCGGUACAUGAGAAUAUGUUACCCUUCUGCAUGCGUGAAGUUUGGGUAAUAACUGCUUGCGUGGCUUUAAUCAAUACAACUACUUCCAAUGAUAGUGAUGAACAAGUGGCUCAUGAUAUAGAAAAAGAGUUUUACCGCCUUCAGGGGGACCUUUAUUCACUGUGCCGGAUUAAGUUAAUGAGGCUUGCUUAUUUAAUUGGAUAUGGGUCAGAUAUAGAAAGAAGUCCGGUCAACAGUGCUUCACUCAGCAUGCUACCCUGGCCUAAGCCAGCCAUUUGGCCUUCAGUCCCUCCUGAAGCAUCAUCUGAGGUAUUUGUGAAAGAAAAGCUGAUUCUUCAAGCGACUCCAAGGCUUAAGCACUUUGGUAUUCAGAGGAAGCCAUUACCUCUUGAACCAGCUAUGCUUCUUCGUGAAGCUAAUCGCCGAAGGGCUUCUCUUUCCUCUGGCAACAUGUUUGAAUUACUUGAUGGUCGCUCCGGCUUUGUUGAUGGCUUAGGUUCAGAUGUAUCUUCGAGGAUGCCCCCAUCUACUAAAGCGCAUACUCCUCAUUUUUCAAGAACUAAUUCUUCACCAGGAAUCUUCGACGGCUCCAUUGAUCGACCUAUGAGGCUUGCAGAGAUAUAUGUUGCGGCUGAACAUGCUCUCCAUAGCACAAUUUCUGAUCCUAAUCUUUGGAAGUCACUGUCAUCUAUGGAGGAGUUUGAGCAAAAGUAUCUGGAGCUAUCAAAAGGUGCUGCUGAUAAUUAUCAUCGUUCAUGGUGGAAAAGGCAUGGAGUUGUCCUUGAUGGUGAAAUUGCAGCAGUCUGCUAUAAGCAUGGAAACUUUGAUCUUGCUGCAAAGUCAUAUGAGAAGGUUUGUGCUCUCUAUGCUGGUGAGGGAUGGCAAGAUUUGUUAGCUGAAGUUCUUCCCAAUUUAGCAGAGUGCCAAAAAAUCCUGAAUGAUCAAGCAGGCUAUUUAUCCUCUUGUGUGAGAUUGCUCUCACUGGAUAAAGGCUUAUUCUCAACCAAGGAGCGUCAAGCUUUUCAGUCAGAAGUAGUCCGUCUUGCCCAUAGUGAAAUGAAGCACCCUGUGCCCCUUGAUGUGUCUUCCUUGAUUACAUUUUCUGGCAAUCCUGGGCCACCAUUGGAGCUAUGUGAUGGCGAUCCUGGUUCCUUAUCUGUGACUGUUUGGAGUGGUUUUCCUGAUGAUAUAACUCUUGAAUCACUCAGUCUAACCCUAAUAGCUACGUAUAAUGCUGAUGAAGGUGUUAAGGCUAUAAAGAGCUCUGUGGCUAUCAUACUAAAGCCUGGGCGAAAUACAAUCACCCUUUCCCUACCCCCACAGAAACCAGGUUCAUAUGUCUUGGGGGUUCUUACUGGGCAAAUUGGUCACUUGAGAUUUAGAUCUCAUAGUUUUUCUAAAGGUGGACCAGCAGACAGUGACGAUUUUAUGAGUUAUGAGAAGCCAACGAAACCCAUCUUAAAGGUGUUUAAACCAAGGCCUCUGGUAGAUCUUUCUGCAGCUGUUUCAUCUGCUUUGCUCAUUAAUGAGCCUCAAUGGGUUGGAAUAAUUGUUAAGCCAAUUGACUACUCCCUUAAGGGUGCUGUCUUGCAUGUUGACACUGGUCCUGGUUUGAGGAUCGACGAGUCUCAUGUCAUUGAAAUGGAGACUUAUGGUGACGUUUCACAAACUCCAGCCAAACUGGGUUACUCGGAUGAUGCUAGAAAUAAUGGUUCUGCUGUUACUGAAGAAUGUAAGCAAUUAACUCUUAAUGAUGGCAGAAUAGAGUUGCCAGAGUGGGCUCGCAAUAUAACUUCUGUCCUGUGGAUUCCUGUGCGUGCUAUAAGUGAGAGUCUUGCUAGAGGAACAAAUGCAGCUGUUCCCCCCCGACAGAGUGUUGUGGAUGGAUUAAGGACGAUUGCACUGAAACUUGAGUUUGGAGUAUCACAUAAUCAGACAUUCGAAAGGACCCUAGCUGUGCAUUUUACCGACCUUUUCCACGUGAGUACACGUGUUGCAGACAAAUGCAAUGACGGUACUUUACUUCUGCAGGUGAUGCUGCACUCUCAAGUGAAAGCAUCAUUGACCAUCUAUGAUGCUUGGUUGGAUCUUCAAGACGGAUUUUCUCACACUGGACAAGGUGAUGGGAGACCAGCUUCUGGUUUCUUCCCUCUUGUUAUUUCCCCGACGUCCAGAGCAGGAAUGCUGUUCAGUAUAUGCUUGGUGACUGAAGUUGCUGAAGAAGAUGAAGCCAAGGCAUCGUGUCCAGAUAGUGUUCUAAAUAUCAGAUAUGGAAUAGCGGGUGAUAGAAGCCUUGGAGCGCACACCCCUGUAGCCAUGGAACCCAAUGGUGUUGAGGAUGCUACACAAUCUCUGAUCUUCAAGAGUGCUCUUGUUUUACAGCGGCCUGUCCUGGACCCUUGCCUGGCAGUUGGUUUUCUUCCUCUUCCUUCAAGCGGUCUCAGAGUUAGGCAGCUUGUCAACAUGCAGUGGAGAGUUGAAAGGUUAAAGGAUUUCGAGGAGAAAGUGCUUUCUGACAAAAAUCAGGAUGAGGUACUAUACGAAAUCAAUGCCAGUUCAGAGAACUGGAUGAUUGCCGGAAGGAAAAGGGGGCAUGUUUCACUCUCCACAAACAAAGGUUCACGGAUAGUUAUCUCGAUAGUGUGUGUGCCACUGGUUGCGGGAUAUGUUCGUCCCCCACAACUACUGCUUCCAAAUGUAGACGAUGCAAAUAUAAGUUGCAAUCCUCCCGGACCUCAUUUGGUCUGUGUGUUGCCUGCAGCUCUCAGCUCCUCUUACUGCAUACCAGCAUGAUAUAUAUACUUGAGCUCAUUCUUUUUGCUUUACCGGAUUUGGUCUUCCAGUCAAUGAGAAACUAUGCGUUGGAGGUAAAGUUAUCAUCUUUUAACUCACCCUGAAAUUUGUAAAUUAGUGUGAGAUUCCCAUUUUUUGCAUCUAUUUGGUCUGUUUUUGGCGGUUAUUUGAGUGCUCAAGCAUCGGCUGCUAGGUAAUGUCUUGCCUCAUGUACAGUGUAUGUUGAAGUUGUACAAUAGUGUAGUAGAGGUUGGAAAAUAUGAGCAUGUCUUUUAUAUUUCCUUGACACUUGUGAUAGACACUGUUUGAACAGAAAAUAAAAAUACCAAGAAAAAAAAAGGUUCUUA